UGUCCGAUCUCUCCGCUCCCUCUUCUCGUUGGUGGCGCCGGGGGGGACGAGUAGGAGCUCCAUUCCCGGCUUCGUAUCGCCUAGCUGUCGCCGUCUCCGUCGACCUGAAAAAUGAGGCAGGCAGCGAUGAAGAAGCAAAAAGCGUGGAGUUGGACUGAACUCUCUUGUUUGGAUUGCGCCUGCCUGCAGCUGUGGCCCAAGAUCGUUCUCAAGAAGUGGCUCAAUAUCAGCUCCAGAGAGUCCGACUUUAGCGCCGACGAAUCUGAGACCACGGAGAGCGAGUUCGAGUACGAAGAGAUGUGCGGUUGGGAGCGUCAAUUGCGUGAUGAGGAGAGGAGAUUGGGUGGACUUGGUGCAGAGACCAAUGCUAAUCGCAGGGACAGCAUUCCUUAUAGGUUACGAAGACGAAAAUCUGAGACUCUUCGCGCUCAAUAUAUAAAUACCAAGGAACUAAGGAUCCUUGCAGGAACAUGGAAUGUUGGGGGAAGACUUCCACCGGAUGAUUUAGACAUCAGAGAUUGGCUACAUAUGGAGGAAGCUGCUGACAUAUAUGUGCUUGGCUUUCAGGAAAUUGUUCCACUAAAUGCUGGCAAUGUCCUUGGUGCUGAGGAUAGCCGCCCUAUCCAAAGAUGGGAACAUAUAAUUCGUGAGACACUGAACAAGAUUCAGUCAUUUAAAGAGAAAUACAAAUGUUACAGUGAUCCUCCUUCACCAUCAAGAUUCAGACCAUCUGAUGAUUCUCUUGCCGUAGAAGAUGAACUAUUGUCCCAGUCUGAUAGUGACAGUGAUGAGGACAUUCAAUUCAAUGCACAGUCCGUAAAUAUCCAGUUCAAUGAAGACCAGAUUGAUGUAAAUACAGAUGACCAAAGGCGCUUUGUGGUCACAGAUCGACAUGCACAUAAACCGAAUCUUGAACAUAUUUUCAAAAGAUAUGGUAAUUUGAGCUUUAACAAUCAUGAUAUGAGGUCAGAAGCCAUAGUAAGUCAGAAAAAGAAGCUUACCAAAACUUUAAGCAGCUCGGAAAGGAUUGGAUUAAUUUGGCCAGAACAACUAUUGGAUUUGUUAUCUCAAUAUCAUGCUGAUGCACUGAGACCAAAAUCAUUAAAUUCAGUUAAAUCUUUUAAAGCAUGCAAUUCCUUCAAGUCUCUCAAUGUUGAGCCUAAAGCUUCAACAUAUCCAUCUGUGAGUCCUGAAUCAGUUUUGGAGUCUGCUUCAAAUAGAAAGAAAAGGUCAUUGUUUGUGCGAAUUAUAAGCAAACAAAUGGUGGGUAUUUAUCUCUCAGUCUGGGUUCGUAGAAGCCUGCGGAAGCAUAUUCAGAACUUGAAAAUAUCAACUGCUGGAGUAGGUGUCAUGGGCUACAUAGGUAACAAGGGAUCUAUAUCAGUCAGCAUGUCUAUAUAUCAGACACAUUUUUGCUUCAUAUGUAGUCAUCUAACCUCGGGAGAAAAAGAAGGUGAUGAACUUCGAAGGAAUGCUGAUGUGCAAGAAAUUCAAAGGAGAACACUAUUCUGUUCUUCUGCAGUUCCAAGUGGUAGAAUGCCUAAGACGAUCUGUGAUCACGAAAGAAUCAUCUGGUUAGGCGAUCUAAAUUACCGGAUCAACCUGCCAUAUGAAAGAACUCAUGAACUAAUAAAUAGAAAGGAAUGGUGUAAACUAUUUGAAAAGGACCAGCUGAGGCUCGAGCUUAAGAAAGGGCAUGUUUUCGAUGGAUGGUCAGAAGGUGUUAUAAACUUCCCUCCUACCUACAAAUAUGAGUUGAACUCAGAGAAAUACAUUGGGGAGAUUACAAAGGGUGGAAAGCGAACUCCUGCAUGGUGCGACCGCAUUCUAUCAUUUGGCAAAGGCAUUAAACUUGUAAAUUACAAGAGAGCGGAGAUAAACCUAUCCGAUCACAGACCUGUCACAGCUGUUUUCAUGGCCGAAGUUGAGGUAUUCUGCCAUAGAAAACUUCAGCGAGCUCUCACGUUUACAGAUGCAGAGAUCGAAGAACAACUAAUUGAAGAGGCUGAAAAUGAAUUACCCAUGAGCUACUAGACUUGGAUGAGGCAAAUAAAGCAUCAAGGAGAGCCAGUGGAGCUGGUGAAUUGAGACGCAUGUUUCCUAAGCCCAAGUCUCUUACUCGACGAAGAGUGUGUGAAUAUCGUUGUGAAUACUCGGAACGAGGCCAACUGUAAGUUGCUACAACUACUUUCAUGUCAUUGCAAGAUCACCGCUUCUGGAUUGUAGGUGUUGUAACAGCUAACUGUUCCAUGGCAACUACUCAGCAUUCCGUUGUAAUAGUAAAAUUAUUAUUUUUUAGUCAACUUAAGAUAUCUUUAGUGGUUA